GUGUAAUAAAAGGGGAGGUGGUGUUUCCAAGCGUGAUAGCCUGCCAGGUGCCUCGCGCCCAAGGCCCCCCUAUAUUCGACUCCACCACACUUCACUCUCUCUGCAAUCGCCUCAUUUUUGUUGGCAGACAAAUGGUCUCAGAUAAAGGCAAGGAGAAAGUCGCCGGCGGCGGCAAGGGCUCGGCGGGGAAGCGGAAGAUUGAUCUCGACAAGGGAUACGAUGAGGACAAGAUCGGGAAAAGGAGGAAGGCCGGAAUACAGUUCUUCGAGGACCAGGCUUACCAGGUCGGAGAAGACGACGACGACUUCAGUGAUGAAUUUGAUUUCUCCGAUGAUGACUUUUUUCAAGAAGACUUUGUUACUGAAGUCCCGGAUGAACAAGCCAAACACACUGGGUUCCCUCUUGUGCCUAAGGAAGAAGAGAUGGAUGAAGAGGAGUUAGAAAAAAUGUUGAGAGAGCGUUACAAACCUGGUUCUGGUUUUGUUAGAUUUGCAGAAGAUGGAUAUGAAAGAAAAGGAUUUAUUGAAGAGGAGGUAUCCGCACCCUCCUCCAGGGACCCUACUCUAUGGAAAGUGAAAUGCAUGAUUGGACGUGAAAGGCAUUCGGCUUUCUGCCUCAUGCAGAAAUAUGUGGACUUGAAAGCUCUGGGAACAAAGCUUCAGAUAAUCUCCGCUUUUGCUCUUGAUCACGUGAAGGGCUUUGUUUAUAUUGAAGCAGACAAACAGCGCGAUGUUAUUGAGACUUGUAAGGGGCUUUGCAGUAUAUAUUGCAGUCGGAUGGCUCCCGUUCCAAAAAAUGAAAUCUCUCAACUGAUAUCAGUACGGAACAAGUGCAAUGGAAUUUCAGAGGGCACGUGGGCUCGUGUCAAGAGUGGAAAGUACAAAGGGGAUUUAGCACAGGUUGUGGCGGUGAAUGAUAUACAGAGAAAAGUCACUGUGAAGUUGAUUCCGAGAAUAGAUUUGCAAGCACUUGCUGAGAAAUAUGGGGGAGGAGUUGCUUCCAAGAAGGCUUCCAUUCCAACAGCUAGAUUUAUCAGCUCUACUGAACUAGAGGAUUUCCGUCCUCUAAUCACAUACCGCAAAGACCGUGAAACAAACCAAAUGUAUGAAGUUCUUGAUGGAAUGAUGCUCAAAGAAGGCUACUUAUACAAGAAGAUGUCUGUUGACUCUUUGUGCCUUUGGGGUGUAAUGCCUACUGAAACUGAGCUCUUGAAGUUUGAGCCUCCUAAGAAAGAUGAACCUCUUGAUACCGAGUGGCUUUCCCAGCUAUAUGGUGAACAAAAGAAAAAACAAACAAUUAAGAAUGACAAAGGGACUGGGAAAGGUGGCGAGAAAGCAGAGGGUUCAUCUAGCUCUAGCAACAACAAUUUUGAAGUAGAUGACCUAGUUUUUUUUGGCCGUAAAGAUUUUGGCAUCAUUGUUGGCACGGAGAAGGAGAAUGUCUAUAAAAUCAUGAAAGAUGGUUCAGAAGGGUCAAUACUAGUAACACUUCCACUUCGUGAGCUAAGAGCUGCAUGCUUUGACAGAAAACUGUUUACUGUAAAAGAUCAGCAUAAAAAUACAAUCACUAUAAAUAACGUUGUACGGGUUUUGGAUGGUCCAUCAAAGGAUAGACAAGGAACUGUUAAACAAAUCUAUAAAGGAGUCAUCUUUCUGUAUGAUGAGCUGGGCGAGGAACAUAAUCGCUAUAUCUGUGUUAAAGCUCAGAUCUGUGAAAAAGUUUCCUGCAAUGAUGCUCUAUUGAAUGGAAAGGGAAAUGAGGCUGGACCAUCGUCAUGUUUUGGUGAUUCCCCACCAUCUCCAAAUACCCCUUUGUCUCCUAAGAAACCUUUCCGGGAGAGGGAGGGUAACAACAAUUUUCAUCGUGAGGAUAACGAUGUAUUGUUCUCUAUUGGUCAAUCAGUGAGAAUACGGGUAGGUCCGUUGAAGGGAUACACCUGCCGUGUCUUGGCUGUACGCAAAACUGAUGUCACUGUGAAACUUGAUUCUCGGCAGCAGAUUCUCACAGUUAAAAGCGAGCAUCUGUCUCAGGUUCACGGAAAGUCUGGCAUUUCUUUGGGUAGUGCUGAUCCAGAGGCUGCAAAACCAUUUGAUCUGUUUGGAGCACAAGAUGGUGCAAGAGAGUGGACUGAUGGAGGUGUACAAGCUGCACAAGAUGAUAGUUGGAAUGCAGGAUUGUCAUCUAGUGAAAGGAGCUCUUGGCCUUCUUUUUCUUCUUCGAGCAUACCUACUCAACAAAAUCAGAAUACUAGUUCUCUCACUGCAGUUGAUUUUAAUAAAGAUGCUGGGAGUUCUGCCUGGGAAACCGGGACAUCUCAAAGUAAAAAUGUUGCUGAUGCCGGGCAAAGUAGUGGUUGGGGAGGAAGUGAUAGUUGGAAAAAAGGUGCCUCAACUGGAGUAGCUGGUACCUCUGGUUCUGACAGUUGGGGUAAAACUUCUGAGGCAUGCGAGGAUAACACAAUCAAGAACGAUGCUUCCAACUGGGGUGCUCCUGGAGCCACUGUUGGGAAAGAGUCCAGUGGGAGCUGGAAUCAAAUUGAAUCAAGCACUUGGACUAAAGCUGCAGCAAGCAAUGAAGGGCAAAGCGAAGGAUGGGGUAAAAAAGGGAAGGGUGAAGAAAAUGAUGGGCCUAGUUGGGGAAAACCUGUGGGCUCUCAAGGCGCUGCCGUUGCAAACAAUGAUGCCUGGGGCAGUAAGGGAGCAUCUUCUAGCUCUUUACCUGGUCCAGUGAGUGAGAGUGGAGGGUGGGGCAAUGCAGGAAAGUCACAGGAUGGUGGAUCCCAAUGGGGUAAACAAGACGGUGGAUCUUCUUGGAACAAGCCAUCUAGCUCUUUACCCGGUCCAGCAAUUGAAAGUGGAGGCUGGGGCAGUGCAGGAACAGCACAGGAUGGUGGAUCCCAAUGUGGCAAACAAGAUGUGGGAUCUUCUUGGAACAAGCCUUCUAGCUCUUUACCUGGUCCGGCGAUUGAAAGUGGAGGCUGGGGCAAAGCAGGAAAUUCACAGGACGGUGGUACCCAAUGGGGUAAACAAGAUGGGGGAUCUUCUUGGAACAAACCUUCUAGCUCUUUACCUGGUCCAGGGAUUGAAAGUGGAGGCUGGAGCAGUGCAGGAAAUUCACAGGACGGUGGUACCCAAUGGGGCAAACAGGAUGGGGCAUCUUCUUGGAACAAGAAGGAAGAUAAAUCAUCAUGGGAAACAAAGGGUGGGGGAGGAUCAUCUCUUGCCCAACAAGAUAGUAAGGUCCAAGAUGUGGGCUCUUCCUGGAACAAGAAGGAAGACAGUAAAAUACACAACAGUUCUGGUGGGGGUGAGGAUGGUGGAUCCUCUUGGGGAAAGAAGGGUGGUGGGUCAUGGGGAACACAAGAUGGGGGUACACAAGCUGGAGGAUCAUCUUGGGGCCAGCGAGCCGAUCAUUCUUCGGACCAACAAGGAAGCUGGGGUGGUGGGGGAACUUUUGAUGGUGGCCGUGGCUCUGGUGGGAGAAGAGGAAGGGGCCGAGGAAGAGACAGCUUCGGUAGAGGAGGUAGAGGAAGGUCUUUUGAUCGAGGUGGCGAGUCAAGUAGCUGGGGAAAGGAGGGCGAUGAUACUUAUGGAUCAGGAUUUGGUGGUGCUGGGGGGCAACAGUCUAGUAGUUGGAGAAGUUCUCAGGAAAGUUCUUGGGGAAAGACGACAACAGAUGGAAGCAAAAAGGAUGAUUGGGGAAAUUCUAAUGCAUCUGCUGGGCAAUCUAGCUGGAAGAGUUCUCAGGAAAGUUCUUGGGGCAAGGCAAAAUCAAAUGACGGAACAACAAAUGCUAGUUGGGGUAGUAAUCAAGAUGCCAGAGGUGAAAGUGGUGAUAAAUGGACCAGCAACAAAGCUGCAUCGAACUCAAGCUGGAAAAGUGAUCAUCAAUCAGAAAACCCUGAAAGAAACAAUAAACAGUCUGAUUGGCAGAGUGGAGGAAACUGGAAUGCCUCUAAACCUUCUGCUGGUGAAAACCAGUCAUCCAGCUGGAACAGAAAACCAUCUGACGAUGAAGGAAAUAAAGAUACCAGUGGAGUUGGUGGGUGGAACACAGGUAAAGAAAGUGGGACUGAGACAACGAACACAUCAUCAGGUUGGAACAAUAAAAGCUCCAAUGAGGGGGCAUCAGUUGGUUGGGGAAGUAGUGAAAAUCAGUCUUCUGGGUGGAAGAGUGAAAGCACAUCUAAUGCCUGGAGCGGCAAAGGUAACUGGAACUCGGGAGGCAGUAGCUUUGGUGGGGGGAACGAACUGCAGGAUGAAAAUUCCACCGAGAGGGGAGGAAGAGGUGGAUGGAGAGGUGGCCGUGGAGGUGGGUCAGAUAGGGGUGGAGGAUUUCGAGGACGAGGUGGCUAUGAUAGGGGAAGAGGCUAUCAAGGCAGAGGUGGUGGUUUUGAUAGAGAUGGUGGGGGGUUUCGUGGGAGAGGCGAUGGCUUUGGUGGCAGAGGGCGUGGAAGAAGAGAUCAAAGCAGCGAUUGGAAUAACAAUAGUAGAAAUGAUUUUGGCAGUGAUGGCAAUAGGCCUAGCAGCUGGAGUACUGGAAAUGAUUCCGGAGGUGGCGGCGGCAGCUGGAAAGCUGGUGGUGAUAAUAAGGGAGGUUGGAGUGCUGGUGGUGAUGGGAACAAGCCAAGCAGCUGGAAUACUGGGAAUGAUGCUGGUGGCGGCUGGAAAGCUUCUAGUGAUAAUAAGGGAGGUUGGGGCGCUGGUGGUGAUGGGAACAAGCCAAGCAGCUGGAAUUCUGGUAAUGAUGCUGGCGGUGGCUGGAAAGCUGCUGGUGAUAACAAGGCAGGUUCGAGUGCUGGCGGUGAUGGGAAUAAGCCGAGCAGCUGGAAUACCGAUAAUGAUGCUGGUGGCGGCUGGAAAGCUUCUAGUGAUAAUAAGGGAGGUUGGGGCACUGGCGGUGAUGGGAACAAGCCAAGCAGCUGCAAUACCGGAAAUGAAUCUGGUGGCGGCUGGAAAGCUGCUGGUGAUAAUAAGGGAGGUUGGGGUGCUGGCGUUGGUGGGAAUAAGCCAAGCAGCUGCAGUACUGGGAAUGAUGCUGGCGGCAGCUGGAACACUGUUAGUGAUAAUAAGGAAGGUUGGGGCGCUGGCGGUGAUGUGAACAAGCCAAGCAGCUGCAAUACUGGGAAUGAUGCUGGCGGCGGCUGGAAAGCUGCUGGCGAUAAUAAGGGAGGUUGGGGUGCUGGUGAUGCAGGCGGUUCCACCAGUAAGACAUCAUCCACCUCUUGGGGCGGCAACGCACCCGAACCUUCAAAGCCCAAAGAAGACAGUGGAGGGGCUGCUGGUGAUUCAUGGGGCAAGGCCGCCUCAUCUUCUACCUCUUGGGGUGGCGGGCAAGGGAAUGGAGCCGCUUCUUCUGCCGGAAAGGGCGGAUGGUGAAUGGAGGUAAAACUUUUUUUACUACGUAUUAAUUAUUACCCCCCCCCCCCUAACACCCCAGCCUGAAAAAAUUAAGUUCUUGUGAAGUGGACUUCAAAGUGACUAUAUUUUAAGGGAAGGCUUUGUGCAUUUAUCACCUCACCAGAAGCCCUGUCUCUAUUUCAGUACUCUACUUUUUAUUUUUUUGUAUUGGAAUCAGUAACAUUUUACUACCAGAAUCAGACCAAUGGUUUAACCCUGAAUUAUA